CUCCCUUUUUUUUUCCCUUUUUUUCAUUUUCCUCAAAACCUUUUCCAACGUCAAAGAAGGGGGAACAGUUACUCUUGCUAUUUAUUCAUCCUAUUUGUAAUCUUCUUUCAUUAUCUUGACACCAAGCCUGGUUUUUUUUUUCUUUCCCGACCAAUCAACGACCUUGUGAAAGAAAACAGCAUCACUAUUUAUUUCAGUCAUUUUGACACCAAGAAAAACCAUACAUCAUAAAAAUCCUCUAUAGAUAGCUAUAUACCUCUUUUUUUAAACAUAUUCAAAAAAGGGAAAGCAUUUUUUUUCUUCUUUUGCUAUCAUUAUUACCAUGCAUAUUCAAUCAUCUAAAGAAGCCAGAAAGAUCAUUGGCGUUGAUCUGGAUCAAACACUCGCACAGACUUUAGAGAGUCUUGUGCAAUGGCAUAACGAUACCUACUCCACGAAACUGAAGGUAUCUGAUUUUCACACUUACGAUUAUUGGAAGGUCUGGGGAGGUACAAGAGAAGAGACUUGUAUGAAAUUGAGAGAAUUCUAUGACUCGCCUUAUUUUGAUCAAAUACAACCUGUUCGGGAUUUCGCUCUUGAAGCACUCAAGAUGUUGAAGAAACGGCAUUUUAGUCUAGUGAUUAUCACGUCAAGGCAACAGUUUAUUGCUGAAAAGACCAAGAAAUUUGUCGAUCGACAUUAUUCAGGCAUUUUUGAUAGCAUCUAUUUUUGUAAUUUGGGAUUAUCGGAUGCAGAACAGCUAGACUAUGUAUCCAAGCCUAAAUCAGCCAUUUGUCAGGAAGUCGGUGUGGACGUCUUGAUCGACGAUUGUCUAGAACAUGCAGUGGAAUGCUCGACGCUGGGCAUCGACAUUUUACUUUAUGAUAAACAAGGGAAAUACAUCUGGAACCAUGAAGAUGUGUUCAAUAAGAAUCACAAUUGUAGCAAUAAGCGACGAAAAAACACGCUGACGUCAACAUCCAAAAGAUUAUAUCAACGCACGCCUACUGAGUUAUCAAAGAAUAUACAUCGAGUGAAAACCUGGAGGGAAAUCAUUGAACAGUUUCCAAAGCCUUCGAGUCCAUUAAGGUAUUGCUUUUUUAAAGCAUCAUCGUCGUCAUCAUCCACGUCCACCACCAAAACAAAACCCAAUAGCACUGUAAGAAAAGCAGUAAAGAGACGGAAGGAUGCAACAGACGCUGUCCCGUCCAACUCUAAUGACGAGGAACUCAUCAUUGACGAUAGCAGCGGUCAUCCAACAUCCAGUGAUUACGGCACUUUGCUUCAUGACGAUCAAGAUGAAACAGGUGAUGAGGACGUGGAAGAAAGUGAAAAAGAAGAAAAAGAUGAUCAACAAGACAAUGAUACACCGUCGUCUUCACAUUAUCCGUUAUGGAAAGACAACCGUGUUUGGGUCUAAAGCAGUUACCUUUUUUAACAUUGAGUUCAAGAUACAGACUCAAGUUUGUGUUCAAAAAUUAAUUUAUUUUCUUUUUUUUCGAAACGUCUUUCUCCAUAACAAUCGCUCUGUUGUUUAAUAUUUGGCUGAAAAAAUAAAGGCAUAAUGGCGGCAUAGGUUAGUCUUUUUGUUGCUUCCUAUCCAUAAAGAAAUCAUUAAAUCAAGCAGGAAAAAGAGAAUGUGCAUGUCUUUAUGAAGACACUACAAAAAACUCCUCCCCC